AUAUGAUUUCCAACCCAACACACCACUUUCUUAGAAGUGUUGGCGUUCCUAGAUGAAGAAUGUGACGGUGAUUUUUGCAUAUGGUUCAUGUGUUACAGAUUAUAACCAUGCCAUUUACAUAUUCGUGAUUCUGAUGUGUAGCACUGGGUUGUUCAAGCGUUAAAUGUAGAUACUGGUGCUAAUCAUUCUGCAGAAGGUGUUAAGGAGCAACUUGCUUUUGACAAGAAGCAGUUUGUGGCGUUUGUGAAGAAGUACAUUAAGCCACUCUCUGCCACCUCUGGAGGGAGCGUUGGGUUGAUGGUUCUAAUCUCCCAAGCUGUCUAUGAUGGUGGCCGCCACGUCUUAGGAGUGAUUCCAAAAACUCUUAUGCCCAGAGAGUCUUCUGUUUUGCAUUCACAACCGAAAUCAACAGUGGGAACUCCUGCAUACAUUGCUCCAGAAGUGUUACUUAGGCAAGAAUGUGAUGGCAAGGAUUUGCCCAAGGGGAAGUGGUUCUGUUGCAUGGACUGCAACAGGGUUCAUUCUGCUUUACAAAAUCUAGUAGUUAGUGGAGAACAAAAGUUACAGGACUCUCUGCUGAGCAUUAUAAAGAAGAAGCUGGAGGAGAAAGGUUCCCAGAGUAGUGCUGAUGUUGACGUAAUAUGGUGUACUUAUUCCCUGUUAUUUCUUAUAUGUUAAAGUGGAGUCAUUUUCUGAAACUACUGUUGCACCAUGUAAAUCUGUUUUGCUUGUUGUCAUCAAUUUAUGGAUUUCAGCCAUUGAGAUUUUCACGUAACAACUGAGUUAAUGUUGGGAACAGUUGGUAGCUGCUGUUUUUCUAGGCCUUCCAUGAUUUUAGUUGAUGUUUCACUGUCCUGAACAUGAAAGAAAUGU